UUACAAAGUAUCAGCCAAACUUCUGCAGCCCUGAGAACGGCUGCCUGUAUCAGGGUGUCUCAGCCACAGUGCCUCAUUACAGUGUGUGGCAGGUCCCCACAGCACAGGAACAGAGGGCCAGACCCUCUCUGUCCAGGAGCUGACACUCACUGACCAGGAGCUGACACUCACUGACCAGGAGCUCACACUCACUGACCAGCCAGGAAGAGCAGAGCGUGAGAAGCACCAGUCCAGCACCCCUUUGACCAGGCAGGGGCAGAGAGAGGCCAGCACCGGCCCAGGACUCUUGUGGCCAGGCAGGAACAGAGUGUGAGGCACCAUCCCAGGGCCCCUGUGACCAGGCAGGAGCAGAGUGUGAGGCACCAGCCCAGGGCCCUGUCACCAGUCAGGAGCAUACAGUGAGGCACCAGCCCAGGGCCCCUGUGACCAGGCAGGAGCAUACAGUGAGGCACCAGGGCCCCUGUGACCAGGCAGGAGCACACAGUGAGGCACCAGGGCCCCUGUGACCAGGCAGGAGCAUACAGUGAGGCACCAGGGCCCCUGUGACCAGGCAGGAGCACACAGUGAGGCACCAGGGCCCCUGUGACCAGGCAGGAGCACACAGUGAGGCACCAGGGCCCCUGUGACCAGGCAGGAGAAUGUACACCACUGGGCUGGCCCCAUUCUAUGCAGCUUCUCACUUCAAUCUGUGGUCUGCGUACUGCUCUGGGGGAGCUGGGGGCGCAGGAUUCCCCCCUCUGGACCCGGGUAAGAAGCCCUCAUUCUGCAUCGCUGACAUCCUGCACGUCGGGGACCCGGACAGCCCUCCAGGCUCUGCCGCUCUGACAGGCACUCAUAUGGGGAUCAUGCACCCUACACAGUACCAGCAGGCCGGCUCGCCACUGAGGCCCACCCCGGUCACCCCGGACUCCUCUGCUGCCUUCCACCACAGGCUCUCACCCCUCUCCCCCUACCAGCCCCACCGGAUCUGCAGCACGGCCAGGAUGCAGCAUGGCAGCCCCCAGCCAGCGCCCUCCAGCAAGGACCUCAAAUUUGGGAUUGAUCGGAUCCUGUCUACUGAGUUUGACCCCAAGGUGAAAGAAGGGAACACACUGAGAGAUCUGACAUCAUUAAUCAGUUCAGGCCGCCAGUCAGGGGUCCAUUUCCAGUCUGCAGCCGGCCACUUCUUCGCCUCCCUAGAGCCCCUUACCGACAAUCCCUCUAUUCUGGGGCAAUUAAACACAAACCAGAGGAACUCAGUACAGCAGCACUUUCAGGACACCUUUCCAGGCCCAUAUGCGGUGCUCACCAAGGAUACCAUGCCUCAGACCUACAAGAGGAAGCGCUCCUGGUCCCGGGCUGUGUUCUCCAACCUGCAGAGGAAAGGGCUGGAGAAGAGGUUUGAGGUGCAGAAAUAUGUCACCAAGCCCGACAGGAAGCAGCUGGCAGCCAUGCUGGGGCUCACCGAUGCCCAGGUAAAAGUCUGGUUUCAGAACCGGCGGAUGAAGUGGAGGCACUCCAAGGAGGCACAAGCCCAGAAGGACAAGGAGAAAGAAGACUCUGACAAGCCCGAAGCCCCCUGUGCUGGGGAAGGGGAGGUGGACAGAAGCAUCAGCCCCUACCGGUCAGAGGUGGACAGUGACAGCAGUGACUCUGACCUGCUGGAUAUGAUGGGCAGUGACACUGAGAGGACUGAUGCCACCACAGAGCCCCCACAGACCAGUGUCAUCCAAUCCCCCUGCACCACUGACCUCUCCACACAGCUGGCAGCCCCUUGCCCAGAGCCCUCCACCCCACACAGCCCCCCUCUACACUAGUCAGGGGGCCUGGGGCACUGAGGCACAGACUUCGCCCCCUGGCCACAGGGGGCACUAACUACAGACACACUGUGAAGGAAGAUGUGGGCAGGGCAGAUUGUCUAAUAGUGUAGGUGACUGUGUCUCACUGGGGGCACUUACUCACUGAGCCAUAAUAAAAGACAUAUUGCAAUGCAGGACAGCUGGACAGUGGACACGACACUACCCUGGUAUUACCUACCUGUCCGUGCUCAGAUUACAGCUGUGACUGCGAAUGGAAAGGCCUGAAAUAAUAGAUUCUCCAUUAAAAGCAUCAAUAUUACCAUUUAGCAUUUUACUAGAGUGCCUGGAAUUAUUACAGGUGCCUGGAAUCAUGGUAUAAUGCAACUAUAUGACCUUAGUACAUGCCACACCACUCAUCUGUCUCAUAUCUAUAUAGUGUGUGUGUGUGUGUGUGUGUGUGUGUGUGUGUGUGUGUGUAUAUAUAUAGUCAUAUCUAUCGAUAUAAGACAUUUUAUAUAUAUAUAUAUAUAUAUAUAUAUAUAUAUAUAUAUAUAUAUAUAUCUCCAUAUGUUUGGGGUCCCUGGCACUCCGGACGUACGCUGACCUUGCUCCGGUGCCCUCCCUGCAAACCAGCGCCUGUAUAUAAUUCCUUUGUAUGGGCGGCACUCAGAGACUUGCAACAAAAAUUUUA